GAAUGAACUUUCAGCAGACAGAACUAAAAAGAAGAAAAAGAGAGAACUGACUGAGGAACAGAAGCAAGAAAUUAAAGAUGCCUUUGAGUUGUUUGAUACAGACAAAGAUAGAGCAAUAAAUUAUCACGAGUUAAAGGUGGCGAUGAGAGCCUUGGGUUUUGAUGUGAAAAAAGCUGAUGUGCUGAAAAUACUUAAAGAUUAUGAUCGAGAAGCGACUGGCAAGAUCACCUUUGAAGAUUUUAAUGAAGUUGUGACAGACUGGAUAUUGGACAGAGACCCACAAGAAGAAAUACUCAAGGCAUUCAAAUUGUUUGAUGAUGAUGACUCUGGUAAAAUAAGUCUGAGAAACCUACGCCGGGUUGCAAGAGAAUUGGGUGAAAAUAUGUCUGAUGAAGAGCUGCGGGCUAUGAUUGAAGAAUUUGAUAAGGAUGGAGAUGGGGAAAUCAAUCAAGAAGAGUUCAUUGCUAUUAUGACUGGAGAUAUUUAGCAUUAGAAGAAAAGAAACGAACUCAGCACAAAAGAGAGGCAGCUUCCAUUACAGUGUUUUGUGCUUCCAUUCAUUUCUGUAGCUGGAGUAAUGCAGAAAAUUACCGUCCUCACAGGACCAAAAUAACGACAGGUUAUAUGCACUGAUAGUUCAGUAAUUUGUAUACCAUUAUAUAUUAUAACUAGAAUAAUUAUUAUAUCAUUUUAGAACAAGUAGUGCUACAUUUCAGAAUGUUCAAGUACUCAUUUGUAAAAUAGCUUUGUAUAAGAUUUCUAAAUUGUAUCAUACUGUAAGAACCUUUUGAGGUUGACUUUGUGUUAGCAUUAGCUGUGGCCUUAGUUUUGAUACAUGAAGUUUGACAAACUUCCAUUUUAAUAAAAUGUUCUUUACU